AUGGUGGAAUAUCCUACCUUCCUGAAUUUAAUUGGGGCAUGCAGGACAGCUUUCUUGGCUGGUUGUUGUCCACGGUGUAUACUAUUUUUAAUCUAUUCUUAUUUUCUUAUAAGGAUAAAAAUAUCCUUCGCCUGCCAACCAUUGGAUUCACGUGCCUUAUGAUUCUAAAUUGAAGCUAUUCUGGGAAAUCUUCAAGGUCAAACAUCUUUUUGCGUCACACUAUAAAUUGAGUUGGAGAAGUAAUAUACAUGGUUGUUCCAUAAAAUCUAACAAGGGCAAAUAGUACCAGUGGAACAGACGACAUUGCCAGCUAUAACAUCAAAAAUUGGUCGGGUAUUCAGACUGUACGAAAAGUAAACCCAUCCGACUUCUGCAUUUCUCAUUUCUGCCCUCUCCUCAAAACAGUUGAAAGGUGAUAAGAUAAGAUGAUGAAAAUAUCUAGGAAUAGUUUUUGGAAUAAUUUUAAAUUCUUCUUUUAUAUUCUGUUCCUCCUAGAUGCACUAUGAAUGUCAUCCCGAUUGUAUAGAUGAUAGUUUUCAAGGCAGGGGGUUGUGGUGAUUUGAUCGAAGCGGACUCGGCCUCUUCUUGUCGUUUGGCAAGGUAAGCCUUGUGAGGAAGAAGAACCAUAGGUGGACAAGAAGGAGAAAAGAUUGGUAAAUCCUCAUUUGUUUGCCCUUAAGUGUUAGUGCAUGAUAAUUUCGGAAAAUAAAUAGCCAUACAUUUGUAGCACUCUUCAGCUGAUGAAGAGACGUUUUGUUGUGCUGCUUGUUGAUAGGUUCUCUUUUCGAGAGAGUUUGGACUGCAGUGUAUAUUUUUGAAUUGUUGUGUUUUUUUUUUUUUUAAUCUAGAAGCAUUCUGGAUGAUGUUUGAAAGUUGUUUUCUUCAAACUGAGCAGGCAAUCUCCAGUUGAAAUCGACCACAGAUUUGAACCUCUGAAGCUAUAUCCCUUCUUAACUAUUUAUGUUUUUUUAAUGCGACAAAAUUGUGAGAUAAACUGUGAUGAAAGUUAGGGAUAUGGUUAUAUAUGAAAUCUCAAAUUUUAUAGCCAUAUAUUAAAUAAUUGGUCAAAAGACCAUCAGCAGUAUUCUUAUUAAUCAGAGGCCCUAAAAUUGGUUUAUCUUUUUUUUUUUCCCUGUCGGGAGAUUCAUUUCGAAAGUUUGUUCAUAAUUAGCUCUCUUCCCUCAACCUUAUCAGCAUAAUUACCACGGGUAGCUAGCCAUAGUCAUUAUGCUUUUCACUUUGCAUGAUGAGCUAGCCAUUGUCAUUAUGCUUUUUACUUUGCAUGAUCACUUUAUCUUCCGUAAUAUCGUCCAACUUUGGCGGAGGCUGAACCUAACUGUACAUUUUUUAACUCAGUUGGUCAGAGAAAGCAGAGUCUAUCCCCCUCUGCCAUUGUCAUAGGCGCUGGCUUUGCAGGCAUUGCUGCGGCUCGUGCCCUCAAGGAUGCAUCCUUUAAGGUAUGUAAAAGAUGUGGGUCACCUCUAAAAAUCUUAACCUGAUAUCAUGUUUGACGGAGAACCUUGUCUACGUUAACGUUUUUCAUCCAUGUUCUGAUAGUCUUAAGUGACCUCGUUUCCAGGUUGUUCUGUUGGAAGCCCGGGACAGACUUGGUGGCCGAGUUUACACUGACAACUCAUUCGGCUUUCCUGUUGACAUGGGUGCCUCAUGGUGUGUAUUCGCCUCACUCACACCAGAGAGUUUUGAUUGCUCCUCAUGAUUAACAUAAUGUAGGUUGCAUGGUGUCUGCAAGGAAAAUCCUCUGGCUUCUGUGAUCGGCAGAAUGGGGCUACCCCUUUACCGAACCAGUGGCGACAACUCUGUGCUCUUCGACCAUGAUCUGGAGAGGUAACCCAACUGGAAGAACUAUUUCAAUUGAUCAUACCCUAUGAACCUCAACUAUAGCGAACAGAUCUUACCACUUUGAUGCGUGCCUCUUUCGUUAGUUCCAAUGCAAAUUUUCUUGAUAUGGGGACGACAGAUUAAGCGACUUCAUUGAUAUAUUGAUCUUAGCAUUCGUUGAUAUCCAUUCGCAGCUACGCGCUUUUUGACAUUGAUGGGAAUCAGGUUCCUCAUCAACUAGCCACCAAAGUGGGUGAGGUAUUUGAAACCAUACUAAAAGAGGCAAGUUUCUUCUACCGUCUGUCCUCAUUUUUCUUACUGAAUUCGCAGCUGUCGAGGGUGUAAAUAACUGACCUUCUCUCUUGGUCAAUGCAGACAGAGAAACUGAGGCAGGGUCCCGACGAAGACAUGUCUAUAAAGCAGGCGAUUACAAUUGUCCUCGACAGGCGUCCAGACCUCAGGUUCAGCUGUGUUUCGAAGCGUCUUUUGCUUCUUCCUUCCUGGAACGGAGGAGGUUCCUAACAUGCAGCAAAUUACUUGCUUGCAGACAAGAAGGGCUUGCCCACGAAGUCCUGGAGUGGUACAUUUGCAGAAUGGAAGGUUGGUUCUCCACUGAUGCAGACAAGAUCUCGCUGAACAGCUGGGACAAGGCAAGUAGCUCAGUCUUCAUUGUCCCGUAGAUUUCUCGGCGUGUUUCUCUGCAUUUAAUGAAAGGCUCAGAAGAUUUUCGGAUGACGAACCGAUUGGUAUUCAGGAGGAGCUUCUCUCCGGUGGCCACGGCCUCAUGGUGCGGGGAUAUCUACCUGUCAUCAAGAAGCUCGCCAAGGGCCUGGACAUUCGUCUGGGUCACAGGUGAGUAUCUGUGGAGGCUCGGUUUAGUUCAGCUAGAUCUCUGUGGAGUGAUGAUCUUCUUCCAACAAGUGAUUUUCCUUUUUCAGGGUGACGAAGAUCAAAUGGGGCAAAAAAGGUGCGAGGGUCUCCGUCGGCAACGGGAAGACCUUCAUCGCCGACGUCGCAGUCAUCGCCGUCCCUAUCGGGGUGCUCAAGGCGACGGCGAUACAGUUCGAGCCUGGGCUGCCGGAGUGGAAGGAGGCGGCCAUCGCCGACAUGGAAGUCGGCAUCGAGAACAAGAUCGCCCUACACUUCGGCAGCGUCUUCUGGCCCAACGUGGAGUUCCUGGGGGUCGUCUCCUCCACCACCUACCACUGCAGCUACUUCCUCAACCUCCACAAGGCCACGGGCCACCCGGUCCUUGUCUACAUGCCCGCAGGCCGGCUCGCCGCCGACAUCGAGAAGAUGACUGAUGAGGAAGCCGCCCGCUUCGCCUUCACCCAGGUGAAGAAGAUCCUCCCCAACGCCUCUGAACCAGUAAGUCCUCUUCUCUCCCCACACCACAAUUGCCCAUCUUGAGCUUGAAAUCGGGGAUCAGUCACCUCUAAAUUUGUCGACGGGUGUGUGGCAGAUCCAGUACCUGGUCUCUCGCUGGGGCGCCGACGAGAAUUCCCUCGGCUCCUACACCUACGACGGCGUCGGCAAGUCCCACGACGUCUAUGAGAAGUUGAGGAUUCCAGUAGACAACCUCUUCUUUGCGGGGGAGGCGACGAGCAUGGCCUACCCCGGCACCGUGCACGGCGCCUUCGCCACGGGGCUCAUGGCCGCCGAGGACUGCAGGAUGCACGUCGCCGGCCGGCACGCCGACCUGGACCUCUGCCCGGCGAUGGGCGAGGAGGCGGCCUCCGUCUCCGUCCCCCUGCUGAUCUCUCGGAUGUGA